AAGUUCGGGGGACAGAAAGAGAAAAAGAAAGACGCGGAGAGGAAGGACGCGGAGACGAAGCUACGGAAAAACUAGAAAUCGUCCGGACUUCGGUGGCGCGCAGCCGGGAUGGCACAGUCUGCCUCCGGGUGUCUGAUGCCGCGUUUCUAGACUCACUUGGAUUAACUUUGGACACUCGGUGAGUUUGUUCCUCCGCUGUGAACUCUGACGUGUGUGAUUUUUUUUUAGUUUUUUAUUGUUUCGCUGCUCCACUGCCUCGGACGGACAGACAGACGGACGGACGGACGGAGGGUUUUUCGCCGCGUCCCCCCUGAGGGCGGAUUUGAGAGAAAUGAGUGAGAGGAGGCGAUCUGCCGCAGCUCUGAGCUCUAGAGCCCACGCUUUUUCCGUGGAAGCCCUGAUCGGCUCCAACAAGAAGAGGAAGCUGCGGGACUGGGAGGAGAAGGAGCUGGAGUUGUCCAUGGAGAGCCUCGCCACGGACGGAGAGGACGCGGCGCACUGCCUGGAUAUGGACCCGGACUCAGAGGCGAGCCCCGGCUCGGACGGAGAAGGUCUCGCCGAGAGGACGUCGUGUUCCUUCGGCUCCCCUGCCGACCUGGCCCCCGGGCCCUGUGAUCCGUCCCCGCCGGCCUCCAUGGAGGAGAUCCAGGUUGAGCUGCAGUGCGCGGACCUGUGGAAGCGCUUCCACGACAUCGGCACUGAGAUGAUCAUCACCAAGGCGGGCAGGAGGAUGUUUCCUGCCAUGCGGGUGAAGAUCGCUGGUCUGGACCCUCAUCAGCAGUAUUACAUCGCCAUGGACAUCGUUCCAGUGGACAACAAGCGAUACAGGUACGUUUAUCACAGCUCCAAGUGGAUGGUUGCAGGAAACGCCGACUCCCCGGUUCCUCCCAGGGUUUACAUCCAUCCCGACUCUCUGGCCUCAGGAGACACCUGGAUGAGGCAGGUGGUCAGCUUCGACAAGCUCAAACUGACCAACAACGAGCUGGACGACCAGGGACACAUCAUCCUGCACUCGAUGCACAAGUACCAGCCUCGAGUUCACGUCAUCAGGAAGGACUUCAGCAGCGAACUGUCUCCGAACAAACCGGUGCCGAGUGGAGACGGAGUCAAAACCUUCAGCUUCCCCGAGACCGUCUUCACCACUGUCACCGCCUACCAGAACCAGCAGAUCACCAGGCUAAAGAUCGACCGCAACCCGUUUGCUAAAGGAUUCAGGGAUUCAGGCAGAAACAGGACUGGUCUGGAGGCCAUCAUGGAGACUUAUGCUUUCUGGAGGCCUCCGGUCAGAACCCUCACAUUCGAAGACUUCACCAACAUGCAGAAACAGCAGGGCGGCAGCACAGGAACUUCUCCCACCACCUCCAGUACAGGAACUCCUUCUCCGUCUGGUGCCGCCCACCUCCUGUCUCCGUCCUGCUCCCCUCCGACCUUCCACUUGGCCCCGAACACCUUCAACGUGGGCUGCAGGGAGAGUCAGCUGUGUAACCUGGGCCUGUCCGAGUACCCGGCCUGCGCUCGCAGCAACAUGGCCGCCCUGCAGGGCUACGGCGGAUUGGCCGACGGCUCCUACGGCCGCCUCCAGGCCGCGGGGGGCGCCGUGGCCUCCGCCCAGCCGUCCGAAUCCUUCCUUCCGCAGAGGACUUCCUCCCUGAUCGCUGCCGGCAUGCAGGGCGGCUCCCACGCCUCGCUGGCCGGCGGGGGAAGCGGCGGCGGCAGCGGGGGGAAGAUGGAGGCGUACGGCGGCCAGCUGGGCUCCUUCCCGGCCUCCCAGCUGCAGUACGUGAUGCAGGCGGGCGGCGGCUCCGGCUCCGCCUCGUCUUCCUCCUCCGGAUCCUCGCCGUCCUCUGCCCACAUGUUCAGCGGCGGCCACCACCACGUGCAGCAGGGCUCCUACAACGCCUUCUCCCUGCACAACCCCUACAACCUGUACGGAUACAACUUCCCCGCCUCCCCCCGCCUGGCCGCCAGCCCCGAGAAGCCCCAGGGCGGCCUGCUCUGCUCCUCCACCCCCGCCGGGGCCUUCGCCGAGCGCCAGUACCUGUCCAACGGCAGCAUGGACACGAUGCACAUGAUCGGCAACACCAGCGGCAGCCAGCAGGGCGGCGGCGGCGCCUGUGACGGGCGUCAGUACGGCUCCUCCUCCCAGAUGUCCAUGCACAUGGUGUAGGAGCUGAAGACCCGCUAGCAAGGCUCCACGUCCACGCAGCGUCUUCACACUUCCAGGAAAAGGACAUCAUCUCAUGUUUGUCUUUUUACAGCAUCACAGCAGGAGUCCAAGCUACUAUUCAUCUUUGUAUCAGUGAAGCUGGACAGCAGCCGACAGCGCCGCUUCGGGAGGAAUUGUGAAUAUUACGGUGCAAUAGCAGCAAAAGCCUCGUCGAAGUGACUGAUGUUUUUCAGGAACUCAAAGGACCUCCCGCCAUCCUGCAACCAAAGAAUCUUGACUGUGAUGCAGAAGUUUUUUUUUUAACUUCUUGUGCCACAUAGAAAAUCUCGGUGGUUCUAGCUGGAAUGAAAACUGGACAAAAAAAAAAGACUCGCUGCUCCUCAGACGUCUGGUUUCUCCGGAUGCAGUGUUUUGGUUUCACUGAGGAACUUGGUCCGACCUCACGCCUCCAUCAACCGGUUUCUCCUCACAGACUGGAACGGCUUCACUAUUUUUGAGUGGAUUAAUGUUUUUAAGCAGACAUAUAUAUAAAUAUAUAAAUAUAAAUAAAAGAUGGCGAAUGCAAUCAAUAACGUAAGCUUAAGAAGUUGUUGUGUGAAAAGUUAUAAUUAGCGAAACAGAGUAAAAUAUGUUGUGGUGUGUAUUUAAGUGCUGAGCAGUAUAGCAGUUUUACAGGCCAAUCUGUUAUAAAAACGUGUGAAAAAAGGGAAAUAGCAAAGGAAUUCUUUUUUUUUCUUUCGGAGGCAUUUUGAAAAAAUGUAAAUACAGGUGCCAAGCACAUAAAAAACUCAAUAAACAUUUUAAUUCAUGUA